AGACACGCUCCCACUCCCACACCCACACCCAGAGAGAGAGAGAGAGAGAGAGGGUGAGUGUGUUAUUGGUGAGAAACAAUGGAGAGGAAUGGGGAAGAAACCACUGAAAAGAAUGAGAAAAUUGUUGCUGAUGAUGAGCCUGAGAUUAACUACAGAGGAAUAAAGGCCAUGCCUUUCAUUAUAGGAAAUGAGACAUUUGAGAAGCUUGGAGCCAUUGGUACCUUAUCCAACCUACUGGUCUAUCUCACCACAGUCUUCAACAUGAAGAGCAUCACAGCCACAACACUUAUCAAUGUCUUCAAUGGCACCACUAACUUGGCUACCUUGCUGGGAGCUUUCUUUUGCGACACUUACUUCGGUCGCUAUAAGACGCUGGCCUUCGCUUCAUUUGCCUCUUUUUUGGGUUUGCUUUUGAUAACACUAACAGCAGCAAUCAAGAGGCUUCAUCCUCCUCACUGUGAAGCAGAACAAAUCAAAUGCAUAGGACCAACACCAUGGCAAGUGGUUUUUCUACUAAGUGGAUUUGGACUGAUGAUAAUCGGAGCUGGGGGCAUCAGGCCGUGCAACUUGGCCUUCGGCGCCGACCAAUUCAAUCCGAAAACCGAGUCUGGUAAAAGGGGAAUCAAUAGUUUCUUCAAUUGGUACUUCUUCACCUUAACAUUUGCUCAACUCAUAUCAGUGACCCUCGUCGUUUACGUGCAAUCAAAUGUGAGCUGGGGUAUUGGGUUGGGAAUUCCUGCAAUUUUCAUGUUGGUGUCAUGUGCUCUCUUCUUCAUGGGUACAAAGAUUUAUGUGAAAGUGAAGCCUGAGGGCAGUCCCAUAACAAAUAUAAUCCAGGUCAUGGUGGUUGCCGCUAGGAAAAGGCGGUUGAAGCUACAGGAUCAACCAUGGGAAUCUCUAUUCAAUUAUGUGCCAUCUAAGUCGAUCAAUUCAAGGCUCCCUUACACAGAUCAAUUCAAAUUGCUCAACAAAGCAGCGAUGGUAACACCAGAAGACCAGAUCAACACAGACGGUUCGGCUGCGAAUCCAUGGAGGCUAUGCAGUAUACAACGAGUGGAAGAAGCGAAAUGUGUGGUGAGGGUGAUUCCUAUAUGGGCUGCAGGUAUUGUAUACCAUAUUGCAAUGAUUCAACAGCAACAAUAUGCAGUUUUUCAGGCACUUCAAUCCGAUAGACGUCUUGGCAACAGCAACUUUAAAAUACCAGCCUCCUCCUACACUGUCUUCGCCCUCCUGAGCUUCACCCUCUUCAUACCCAUUUAUGACCGGAUCAUAGUCCCAUCUCUCCAAAGGGUCACAAAGAAAGAAGGCGGCAUAACUCUACUCCAAAGAAUUUGCAUUGGCAUAGUCCUCACCAUAUUCGCAUCCCUCAUAUCUGCCUUGGUUGAAGAACAUAGGAGAACUUUGGCUCUCACUAAGCCAACACUAGGAAUUCAGCCGCACAGAGGUGCCAUUUCAUCCAUGUCAGGUUUAUGGUUCGUUCCUCAGCUUGUAAUAACAGGAAUUGCUGAGGCAUUUACUAGUGUUGGCCAAGUUGAAUUUUACUACAAGCAGUUCCCAGAAAACAUGAGAAGCUUCGCAGGGUCUUUGUUCUUCUGUGGCAUGGCAGCCUCAAGUUAUUUGAACAGUUUCUUGGUGUCAAUAGUUCAUCGUACGACAAAAGGGGCUGCAAAUGGAAAUUGGUUGCCAGAAGAUCUUAACAAAGGGAGAUUGGAUUAUUUCUACUACCUGAUUACUGCCCUGGGGGUCCUAAAUUUGGUAUAUUUUCUACUAUGUGCUAAGUGGUACAAGUAUAAAGGGACUGGAAGCAGUACUGUCACAGUUGAAAUGGAAACAAAGAAACAGGAAAAACCUCUGGUUUGAUAACUGAAAUUCACAGAAGAUAUCGGCUUAACUUAAAAUCUGGGCUUCAUAUUGGAACAGUAGUACACACUUGAUUGAUUUGAUAUCAAUACAAAGAUGUAUUACAUAAGUAUUCUAACCUGCAUAAAAACUUUGAUGCUGUUGAGUCUCCAUGUUCUUUUACUCCGAUUUGUCAGAAGGUUAGAGACUAAGAGAUACAUAGCUUGUACAUGCAGAGACUUAGUAUUAGCCCUGUAGCAUCUCCCUGCCUCUUGAAUUUUAGGAAUUAUUACAAUUCAGGUAUCCAACAGCUUUAUUCAUAUGCUUUUGAUAGACAUUAACACUAAGCUGUCAGCUAGGUUCAUUAACUCCAUUGAUGUUGAGCUAGGUCAUGGUAUUUGAUUCAUCUAAAAACAGAAAUGCUUGCAAAAAAGGAAUUGUGUAUAAGACUUCACUGCAAGGUCGGAGAAAUCAGAUAUAUACAAUCUCUUUUCGGGUAAGUACAGAUAUAUACAAUCUUACCCCGCAUGUAAGGAGCAUUUCCGUCACUUAAACCCAUGACAGGGCGGCAUGAUAUAAAGUUUGCAGUUUACCCAAAUCCAUUUCAUGGAUGGAGUGAUGCUUUGACUAAUAAUCCGUGGUGGAAGGUUGUUCAACUCCUAUCCUAAUAUUAAUUUGACUCGGGUGAUGACCAUCAGCACUUGCACCUUCUACACUAAACCUUACAUAUUACACUAAUGGCAGCAAAUACAAUCAGAGGCUCAAAGGGCUGUUAGGGUGGGUAUCACUGCCGGUCACAGUGAUGCAACAUGUUAAUAGCAUUACAAUGUCAACUCGCCUGUACGAAGGUGUUUUCACAAGAAGAUUUGAUUCUAGGAGAAAUCUCUGUUGGUCCUUUCUGAGCAGAGAAGCUGGUUGCCUUUUAAGAGCAAGAGCAACUCGAAGAAGACUAUCUAAAAUAGUUAUCCAAAAUAUACUUUUUUAUUAUAAUAUCUAUUUUAUAGACUAACUUCUACUAAUUCACUCCAACUACGCUCUCUAUUUUAUUUUAGGUAACUACUAGUAAUUGCCCGUGCCUGAAGGC